AUGAAGCGCAUAGGACCCGUCGCGCAGGCAUGGUACAAGUGGAAGGCCCUCCGCCUGCCCUGGCGGAAGCGCUUCUUUGUCGGGUAUGACCUCCAGGGCAACACCUUCUGGGAGUUCCGCCUCACCACCCGCGGCGGCUCCGACACCUCCCUCGACCCCUCCGCCUCGUCGGAGCGCUGGCGCCGCAUCGUCCACUACCCUCGCUCGACGCACUACUCGGACGUCAAGGUCAGCCCGCUCUGGCACCAGUGGCUGCGGCACACGCGCCCGGACGCCCCCUCGCUCGCCGAGCAGCGCGCCGACGUCUCCCGCCAGGAGCGCACAAAGGUGCUCGCCGCGCAGGCCGACGCCCGGUGGGAGGCCAAGCCUCGCGUCAUGGAGGCGCCUGAGGAUGCUGCCGCGAGGAUAGCACCGGCGGGGCCGGUCGCGGCGGUGGGCCAGGAGCAGCAGCAGAAGCAGCAGGAUGCCGAGUCGGAACAGCAGGCGGCCCGGUCGGAGCAGCAGCAACCGGCGGAGCAAGAAACCGGCUCCGCGGCCGUCAAGGGCAAGGGCGCAGCAGCAUCACCAGCGGCCGCCCCCGAAAACGACCCGUGGGCAAAGGCCAGGGCACAAGGACCGAGCGAAAAGUGGCAGCCCGCGGCAUGGACCCCAACCGCCGCCAAGAAGCGGUAA